UUCCAUAGCCAUUGCCUUCACGAGUGCUUCAUUUCUUCCUCUACUUUUUUUCUCACAUGCAUUAGUCUCCAAUUUGCUACCACUUGUCCAAGUUGAAUACAAGGAUUCUUCUCCUCUCACAAAACUAAAACAAAACAAGAUUCUUCUACAUUGUACACACAAACCAAGUGUUAAGGUUUUGUGUUUGUAUUCUUCACAAAUCACUUCAAGCUCAUACCUUUCCUCCAAAACAAUCCAAACCCAUUUCACCCAUUUGACCAUACUUCACUUUCCACUACUCAUUUUCCCUUACAAAUGCUGAGCCAGCACGACUCGGUAAACUCGUCCACCAACACGCUGAGUCAACUCGCUCAGAACAUGUUCUCCGACGAAAACAACGACAACAACAUCAUCAUGCUAGCAGCCAUUAUUUCCCUCCUUCUAGUAAUCCUCUUCGUCCUACUCCUCCACCUCUACGCCAAAUGCUUCCUAGCUCAGUCCAACUCACAGUCAAAUACUCGCCGCCGGCAACCCUCUGUCUCCGACAUUCCAACUCCCUCCAACUUUCACCACCAUUUCAACACCGAAGCCCAACAACCCUUCAACGGACUCAACCCAACAACAGUUUCGAAGAUUCCGACAUUUGUGUCGGAACAUAAAACAGAGGAACUAGAAUGUGUGAUAUGUUUGAGUUACAUUGAAAAAGGUGAGAUUGGAAGAAAGUUGCCAAAAUGUGGACACGCUUUUCAUGUUGAAUGCAUUGACAUGUGGUUGAAUUCUCAUACCAAUUGUCCAAUGUGUAGAUCUUUGAUUGUUGAAGAAGAUUCUCAUGGUGGUGGCAUUGAGAUUGUGAUUGAUGAUAGUGCAAGAAGUUAUGAGAUUAGUGAAAGUGGUUCUGUUUCUGUAUCAGAAACUUCUCUGUCUUUGUUUGGUUUUUCUUUCAAGAGAAUUAUUAGCAAAGUUUUUCUUUCUUCUCAUGUAAAUGAAUUAGAUCAUGGUUCACAAUGAGGUUAUAUUUUUUAAAUUGUGUAUUUGUAUACAAUAGAAAUUAAUGAUUAUGAUUGGGUUAGAUGUUUAUUAUUUUGUUUUAGCUUGGUAAUGUAUCU